AUGGCUGUUUCCACGCCCUCUACGCCACCGCUUCGGCCGACCUCCAACAGCGUCAGAAGCCCCGCUGCACUGGACGAUCUCAAGCUGCAGUUCGCGACCGAGGAGGUGCGCAAGCGGUUCUCGGACAUCUCGAUGGCGGACAUGCUUGCGGUGCUGAGUACGCUCCUGACCAAUCCGUGCAUCCGCGAGUGCGGCGGGGAGCAAGCCGGUGGUGCCAUGAAGAACAGUAUUCAUCGACUUCCUCUCGCGCUGGAACUAAAGCAAAACAGCGCAAGUGCCUGCACAGGACGAAACUCGACCAGUCGCCUUCAGCACCAGGCGAGCGCGAGCUCGUCCAUCACGGCGAGUGAGCUCAGCUCGCGGGACUGGAGCACGAGAAGCUCUGAGAUGGACGAAGUACCAAUGUUUAAGGCGCCGGCCGCUUCGCGGCUGAGCCCGGAGUGGACCACCACUGUCGCCUCCAUCCUCGACAACGCGCACCAGUAUCGCGAGUCCGCCGACGAACACCGCACCGUCGUGGACAUUGUGCAGCUGUCAAUCAAGGGCUGGUUCGAGGACGCGGGCGUGGAGGCGGCGGAGAGUGAGAAAAUGCAUGCAGCGACAGGCUCCGCCGCUUGCGAUCCCUCUGCAUGGCUUGCAACACUGAAACAGGUGCGCCGCCUGGCUGAAGACGUGUGCCACAGCAAAUACGACGCCGUGUACAAGCGACUCUGUAGCGAGGCUGCAGAAGAGGUUGGCGAGGGAAUGGCCACGCCAGCGUAUGUUCUGCACGAUGAGGACAGCACCGUGGCGCCCUCCUCCGUCGUGGCACGACAGCCGGUGCACCGUGCCGCGACCGAGCCAGCCGGUAUACCGCCCUUCUCCCUUGUGAUUCAGCGCGGACGCGACGGCAGCGGAACAGAGGUGUCCGAUUCGCCCCUCAACAUCGACCUUGACGCGCGCAACGGCGGCACGCGCGGCAGCGGCUUGGAGAGCAGCAGCGCCUCUUUUGUCGUCGGAUGCGAGUGGUUUCAGUGGGUCUUCCUCGUCCAAAGCCCGCUGGCGUGUCAGAGUGAGCCCUACCCAGCAGUGGAAAAUGGCGCCGCAGGCAAGGAUGCCGAAGCCGUCGCUGCGGAGCAGCAAAAGUGGCGACAACGGCACUGCACCGUGCAGCUUCUCUACCCCUCUCAGGCCGGUUUUUCAGACGCCUCUGAUGAAUCCUCGGGCCUGCGUUCCGCCGAGGCUGAGUAUGAGCUGAGUGAGCCUCACGUCGUGCUCUCCUCGCUGCUUGGAGUCGCCAUGCGCGUGUGGUGUCAGAACCACCCGCACAUCGUCGUGCAAGUGCUUCAGCUGGAGGAGGACACCUAUCCAUGGCAUAUCUACGACGGAUCUCUCUUCUGGGCUGGGUGGCCCCUGAACGACCCAGCGGCACAGGGUGAGUGCGCUGCGGCAAGCGACUCGAUGCCAAUCCCGCUUCUCCCGGGCGAGUGCUUCGCACAUGAAUCGGAUAUUAAGGAUGAUGAAGACCACUAG